AUGGGCUUCGGCAACUACAUUUAUCUCGCUUUUCACCCAUCAGAGCUGAGAUCUAUUGUGCAAUGGAAAGUCUGGCACAACCCCGUCCAUGAACGCGAUGAGAAGAACGAGACAGAGACACAGAAGGCUUGCUUCAAAUUCCUGGACCUGACGAGUCGGAGUUUUAGUGCUGUGAUCAAGGAGUUACAUCCUGAGCUGCUGCUGCCAGUCUGUGUGUUCUACCUGACACUUCGCGGGCUGGAUACGAUUGAGGAUGAUACGUCGAUUCCGCUCGAAACCAAAGAACCUCUGCUGCGCAACUUCAAAGACUUCCUAGAACAAGAUGGUUGGACCUUCAAUGGAAACCGCCCGGAGGAGAAAGACCGUGAGCUGCUGGUUCAGUUUCACAAUGUCAUCACCGAAUUCAAGAACAUGAAGCCCGCCUACCAAGUCAUCAUCAAGGAUAUUACAGAUAAGAUGGGCAACGGUAUGGCCGAUUACGCACGUAAGGCUGCUUUUGACGAUGCUAGCGUAAAGACCGUCGAAGAAUACGACCUUUAUUGCUAUUACGUCGCCGGUUUGGUCGGUGAAGGAUUGACUCGCCUGUUUGUUGAGGCGGAGUUCGGCAACCCUGCCUUGUUGAAGCGUACUCGCCUUCACAAGUCUAUGGGUCUUUUCCUCCAGAAGACCAACAUUAUCCGUGACAUCCGCGAAGAUGAGGACGACGGUCGACGAUUCUGGCCCAAAUCAAUCUGGUCCAAGCAUGUUGACAACUUCGAAGAUCUUUUCAAGCCUGAACAUCGAGACGCGGCCUUGAAUUGUAACUCGGAGAUGGUCCUGAACGCACUGGAACAUGUUGAGGACUGCCUCUUUUACCUUGCCGGUCUCCGCGAGCAGAGUGUAUUCAAUUUCUGCGCUAUCCCUCAGGCCAUGGCCAUUGCGACAUUGGAGCUUUGCUUCCGCAACUACACCAUGUUUGAGAAAAACAUCAAAAUUACCAAGGGAGAUGCCUGUCAGCUCAUGACAGAGUCAACACAAAAUCUGCGGGUUCUCUGCGACGUUUUCCGGCGUUACGUGCGCAAGAUUCACAAGAAGAACACGCCCAAGGAUCCCAACUUCCUCAAGAUUAGCAUGGUCUGUGGCAAGAUUGAGAAAUUUAUCGAGAACAUCUUUCCAUCGCAAGAUGCUGAGGCGGCCAAGCGCCGCGUGGCAGGCACCUUGUCGGAGGCUGAGGCUGAGAAGGCCCGGCAGGACGCGGAGACACGUAAGGAUGUUAUGUUCAUGAUGGCUCUUAUGGGUGUCAUUGCUCUACUAGUCACCGCCAUCAUGAUUGCUACCGCAUGGGCUCUCGGCGCUCGGUUUGACCUCGCUUGGCAGGAGCUCAAAUCGGGCAACUUUAGUCCGAAGAAGUCAAUACAGCACGGCGAGCUCUAA